UUGAACUCUAGAAUUUCAAAAAUGCGGCCAUUAACUGAGGAAGAGAGUAAAAAGCUUUUCGAAAAGCUAUCCCAAUAUAUUGGAGCGAAUACCACUCACCUUUUAGAUCGCAAGGGUGAUGAAGAACAUGUAUUUCGUCUACACAAGGGUCGUAUUUGGUAUAUGCCACUUCGCCUUACUAAACUUGCUAGUUGUGUUGCCAAAUCUAAUCUCAUGGGCAUCGGUGUGUUGUUUGCAAAGCUAACUCAUAGUGGUAGCAUCCGAAUUCAAGUAACUGCUCUUGAAUUCAUUGCACAGUAUUCUCUCUUCAAGAUUUGGAUUAAACCUAAUCAAGAGCAAAAAUUUUUGUAUGGAGGUAAUGUCACACGAGCGGGUCUCGGACGUAUCACAGAAUCAACACCAAAGUAUCAGAAAGUAACUGCGUUUUCAAUGGGUGACAUUCCCCUUGGAUUUGGUGUCGCUGCUCAAAGUACUUUAGAAUGCCGGAAGUGCGAGAUGAAUGCUCAAGUUCUCUUUCAUGAAGCUGAUGUUGGUGAAUAUCUACGCAAUGAGUCUAAGAUGACGUGAAAAGUGCACAUAUUAUGCUUGAUAAUCACCUGAAUGUUCAUCUAUAUAAUUAAUAUAAUUCUAGUAUAAACAACGAAUAAAAAUGGAUAAACAUUGUGCAGAUGGUGUAUUUAGUUUUAAUAGUUAACUGUCAUGCUCUUUCACAAUAAAAAGAAAGUGAUUAAAAAAAAAA